AUGGCCCUAGUGCUGGAUAGUGGUGUCUCCAAGGCAGACCUGAUCUAUUUCUUGAGGUGGAAGAGGUCAAAGGCAACAGUAAAAAAGUGGUCAAAAAAUGGAAUUCUCUCCAUAAUUGACCUUUUCAGGCAGACAGUGGAAAAAAAUCCCCACAAGGCAUUCCUUAUCUAUGAAGGGAUGGUGUACACUUAUCAGGAUGUGGACAGGAGGAGUAACAGGGUAGCACAGGCCUUCCUGCACUAUGGGAAUCUGAAAAAAGGUGACACUGUGGCCCUGCUGAUUGGUAAUGGACCUGACUUCAUCCAUGUCUGGUUCAGGCUAGCCAAGAUGGGCUUUGUUGUGGCCUUUCUCAACAUCAAUAUCCACUCAAGAUCUCUCCUGCAAUGCAUUAAUAUAUGCGCAGCAGAAGCACUGGUCAUAGAAGAAGAUUGUUUGGGAUCAAUAGAGAAAGAAUUUAUUUUGAAUCUCUUGGAAAAUAAUGUUGCUGUCUGGCUGAUGAGCAUCAGUUCUCCUUUCCAGCAUGUUCACAACCUUCCAGACAAACUAGACAAGGUGUCUGAUAAUCCUGUUCCAUCUCAUCUUAGAGCUGUCAAUGGCACAAGAAACACGCUGUAUGUCUUUACAUCAGGAAGUACAGGUUUUCCAAAAGCUGCUAUCAUCACUCAUCACAGAACUCUGGUUGCUUCCUUAGCAUUUACUCAGUGCGGUGUGGUUUCUCAGGAUAUUAUGUAUGUCACUCUUCCCUUGUACGACAUGAGUGCUUCUCUUCUUGGCAUCAGUGGAUGCAUUCAGUUAGGAGCAACUUGUGUUUUGAAGAAGAAAUUUUCUGCAAGACGGUUUUGGAAAGACUGUAGGAAAUACAAUGUUAUCAUGUUUUUAUAUAUAGGACAACUCUGCCGCUAUCUCUGCAGUCAGCCCUGUAAAGAAGAGGACAGAGUUCAUGAAGUGCAUAUUGCUCUUGGAAAUGGUAUCAGACCCUCUGUAUGGAAAGAAUUUCUGAUGAGGUUUGGCCCAGUUAAAAUAUUUGAGUUCUAUGGGUCCACAGAAGGAAGUCUUGGUUUCCUGAACUGCAUUAUUAAAAUAGGAGCUGUGGGCCGUGCUGGCAUCUGCUCAAAGUUUCUACAUUCUUUUGCGUUGUUGAAAUAUGAUGUCUGGAAAGAAGAACUUAUAAAAGGUGAAAAUGGAUGGUGUAACAAAGCACCCAUAGGGGACCUCCUAGUGAUGGAUGAGGAUGGGUUCCUCUACUUCACUGACCGGGUGGGAGACACUUUUAGGUAUAGCACAAAGUCAAGAGUAAAUCCAGGGAGCUUGGAAGAAACCACACAUACACAGGACUGA